UCAGCCCUAUCUGUGUAGUUGAAAUGGUGCCAUUGCUGUAACCACGGCAACUCCAUCCAAGUCUAGUAUUUCCGUGGUAUAUGGUAUCAUUUGACGGUUUACACUGUACGUAGUCUACCAGCCAACCAGGGAAAUGGUUUGUCCGUCGGAUAUUGUAGGCUAUAGCCUCCGUAUUCACGUGGUUGGACCGACCCUACAUUGGGUUACAGUCUCUUCUCUUACAUUAGCAAGGUACUUUCGGAUUUCUCUGUGAUAUGGGAGGGAUGAUGCUGAGGUGAGCGCAGCUUGUAACCAGUUUGUCAGAGCUCCGCAUCAAUCGUCGGAUAGGAUAGUAACAUCACAUUUGCUCAAUGAGAGCAUAAGGACACGAGAGAGGAUACUGAAUUUCGACCUGGUGCGAUAACGUGCCGUUCUAUGUACCUCUAUAUAAGAGGCUAAUAUGAAGACAUCAAUGGUCAAGCCAGACCCUGGAAAUUAUCUGGAAUCCUCCCAUGUUGUUUGAAGCCUAAGGCAGGACCAUGCAUUGUGUCUGGUGAAAACCAGUCCACCCUCCUUCUACCAAACCAUUGAGAGUGAAGACACACACACACACACACACACACACACACACACACACACACACACACACACACACACACACACACACACACACACACACACACACACACACACACACACACACACACACACACACACACACACACACACACACACACACACACACCACAGAGAUGGGUUUGGACCAGCCCUGCUUGGAUAUGGUGGUGCAAAGGCCCUUUCUGGGUGCAACAUGUAAUAGGCACCGCCACCAGAACCUGCGCAGAAAGAUGAGGCCCAUACGAAUCCUGGGUUUUGUAUUCAGCCUGGUAGCCAUAAGCGCAAUCUCAUUUUCCUUCAGUGCCUUGACCUGGAGCUCAGGGACCUACUCAGAGCCGCUCCUGCCCCAGGAGGCCAUCCUUCAGUCAGGCCCAACUCCACACAGGACUCUACUUUCCACACAGCACCAGGGGGACCCCAAUAUCUCAGCCGACAUUCCCGUGGCAAUGAGGUCUUCGGCAGACGGCAACGAGAGCCAGGGGGACUACCCCACGGACCUGUUCACGCUGGAGGAGAGGCGCCAGGGUGCUGUGGUGCUCCACAUGUUUGGGAUGCUGUACAUGUUCAUCUCUUUAGCCAUUGUGUGUGAUGAGUUCUUCGUGCCCGCUCUGACAGUCAUCACAGAGAAGCUGGCCAUCUCUGAUGAUGUGGCGGGGGCCACCUUCAUGGCGGCAGGUGGGUCGGCGCCGGAGCUCUUCACUUCAGUCAUUGGUGUAUUCGUCUCCCACAGCAAUGUGGGCAUCGGGACCAUUGUGGGCUCAGCUGUCUUCAACAUUCUCUUUGUCAUUGGAAUGUGCGCCAUCUUCUCCAGGGAGAUCCUCAAUCUGACCUGGUGGCCCCUCUUCCGUGACGUCUCCUUCUACAUCAUGGACCUGAUCAUGCUCAUCUGUUUCUUCCUGGAUAACUACAUCUCCUAUUGGGAAAGUAUUGUGCUACUUUCAGCCUAUGCCGCCUAUGUGAUCUUUAUGAAGUUCAACAGCAACGUGGAGGGCUUCGUGAAAGGCUGCAUGAACAAGAAUCAAGUGGUGGAGGUGGAAGUGCAGCCCAAGGCUGUGAGUCCCGGGGCACCAGAGGAUGAGAGCAAGCUGUCGGCUAGGCCCCGGCUUCAGAGAGGUGGUAGCUCAGCCUCCCUGCACAACAGCCUGAUGAGAAACAGUAUCUUCCAGCUUAUGAUCCACACACUGGACCCUCUCAGUGAAGAAUUUGCUGAUUCUGGACAAUUCAGAGAAAAGGCAUCCAUCCUUCAUAAGAUUGCCAAAAAGAAAUGCCAAGUAGAGGACAGCGAGAAGGCUAAUGGAGUAGCCAGCCGAUCAGAUAAAAAUCUUCCAAACAGCUCAAAUGUUGAGGUGGAAGUCACACCACCAAUGAAUGGCACUACAGGACAAGAAGGGGAAGCUCUGGCUGAGGAUGAGGAGGAUGAGGACCAGCCUCUGAGCCUGUCCUGGCCAGAUACCAUGCGCAAGCGUUUCACCUACCUCAUCAUCAUGCCCAUCGUCUUCCCUCUGUGGCUAACACUACCUGAUGUCAGGAAACCAACUGCAAAGAAGUUCUUUCCCAUCUCAUUUCUGGGUUCUAUCUGUUGGAUUGCUGGAUUCUCCUACUUAAUGGUGUGGUGGGCUCACCAGGUUGGAGAGACCAUUGGGAUUACAGAAGAGAUUAUGGGCUUGACUAUAUUAGCAGCUGGUACCUCCAUCCCUGACCUAAUCACCAGUGUCAUUGUUGCACGGAAGGGGCUGGGGGAUAUGGCCGUGUCCAGCUCUGUGGGCUCCAACAUCUUUGACAUCACUGUUGGCCUGCCGUUCCCAUGGCUCCUCUGGUCCAUUAUCAACAACAUGCGGCCUGUGGCGGUGAGCUCUAACGGGCUGUUCUGCGCCAUUGUGCUGCUCUUUCUCAUGCUCAUCUUCGUCAUCAUCUCGAUUGCUGCCUGCAAGUGGCGGAUGAGCAAGCUGCUGGGCUUCAUCAUGUUCGUGCUCUACUUAGUUUUCCUGGUGGUCAGCGUUAUGCUGGAAGACAAGAUCAUCGCCUGCCCUAUAUCCAUCUGAGACCCCUCCACUCCUGCCACAAAAUGUUCACUCCUUCUACAGGAUACAAGAAGCAUGGAUAGGGAUAGAGGAAAUACAUUCAAAAAAAACUUUCAGAAUAAGGGCGCGUGAUUAGGCUCGGCUGAUUCACUGGACGGCUAGACCUGAGCGGAAGUAGAUAAUAUUAAUAAUAAUCAUCAUCAUCAUCAUCAUCAUCAUGAUAAUAAUAAUAGUAAUAAUACAAAAUAAUAUUAUUAUUUUGGGGCGGGUGGCUGGGGGUAGUAAGAUGGCCGGGGAUGUUGUUUUUUGGGAUGGGGGGGUGUAUUAGCCAGGUAGAGGAGCAACUAUGCCGUCUUAUGCAUGUCACUUGUUUUACUCAGUGGACUACUCAGUAAAAUAUUCAGUAGAUUGAGGAGGCUGAAGGAAGUACACAAGAGACUUCUGACAAAGCUGUGGUGGCUGAGCCUGGCAUGAAACACCAGAGGUGCAACAAUAAUGCUUUCUGCUUCAGGACAGAUUGUGAGAAACCUUUUUGAAUAAAACUUUGGAUGACACUCUUUAACUGGUUUCACUGACUGACCAGAUGACUUCACUCGACUUGUCACUCCAGGUGUUUGUUGUAUAGUGAGUUUGAUGAUGAUGAAGGGAUGUUGCUGAUACUCCACACAAUGUGUGGAUUCACACAACACUAAAAUAUGGUUUGGAGCCAUGAUUAUCUCCUCUCUUGUGUACUUAGUGACAGAGCAUCAAAAUAUGAAGCAGUCCAAGCAGUUUUGAAUGCAGAGCUGGAGAUAGGAACUGAUUUUGGCAAAUGUAUCUUUUGCUUUGUCCAAAAGACUAAAGUUCAAAUAUUCCAUCUCCCCUUCUGGAUGUCAUUGCUCAACAUGUCUGUUCAGAAGAUUCAUGUAUUAUUUUUGGAUCGACACUAUAGCUCUAAUUACUAAAAUAGUAGUAGCCCAGUUGUACUGUAGCAGUAACAUGUACUCUAGGUGUUGGAUCUUGCCUCUUCCUGGGUCCUGAUAGGCCUACUUAUGAUCUUAUGCACUUCUCCACCCGCCAUUGGACAUAAGAGUUCAUAUUGUACAGAGCUUGCCAUGCUUCACACACCAAUUGGAAAUGUAAACUCUACUGGAAAUGUUUGGCUUGAAACCCAAUUCAAUCAAUUGCAGACGAAUGGAAAAAACAUAACAUAAUUGACUCAAUGUUUAAGCUGGAAUAUAAGGACAGAUGUGGUUGCACAUCAAUAUACAAAGACUACAGAUACGAUUCAAAAUUGAGAUAAGUGAAUGAAACUGCUACUUUUGUAUCAAUUUGGAAUAACGCCAAGAGAUUGGGGUUGUGUCCAUUUUCAAACAUUUAACAACUCUGACACACAGUGUAAAAAUUCUGAGUAAAACCACAGGGUAGUUUAAAAAAAAUCUGCACUUGAUUGAAUUGGCCUCAUCUGCAGCCUCUCACAAAUAUAUAUUAGCUUCCAAUAUUCUUCACUCUGAAUAAACAAAGCAUGCGUAGACUCCGAUAGGACACUCAUAACCAAUAUGUAAAGUCAAAAUACAGUAGUAGAUAAGAUAACUGGCACUCGAUGUUUGAAAUAGUCAUAAAAUGCUAUACUUAGAUUAGUGAAUGUUUAGCACACUCUUGAAAUUAAGACUUUAAUAUGCAGGCUCCUAGAGAAGUUUAUAGGAGCAGUAAAAUGCAUGAUACAUUUUCUUGUUAUACCUGCCAGAAUAAUCACUACCCAAAAAAUUAUGAAUUCUCAAAUAUUUAGCAUUUCAAUAUUUCUUUGACGCAAGAGUGUUAGGCUUCUAUGUACAAAACGACAACAAUAUGUAUGGUUAAUGUCUAUCAACCUUGUGCAAUUUAUUUUCAAUUGAAUGGUGCUUUUGUCUGCAUGUGGGAAGUCUGUAUACUCUGCCAUUGUAAAAAUGGAAAUUUGAUUAACAAAAAGGUACAGUAAUAACAAAUGAAUGGAGGUUACCAGUAUUUUGCAGCAAAUGGAAACUUAUUAUAGAAAUCUAUAAUUAUCUAUAUAGUCAGCAAAUCUCAUGCAGUCGUUUUUACAGUCACCCAUAAACUACAGUACAUGGAACAUUGACAUCACAAAACUAACAGCAAUAUACUGUAUACUGUAUGUCAGGGUUGGGGUCAAUUCUGAUUUUAAAAAAUGUUUUAAAGGAGAGUGGAAUUCCAUUAUCCAUAAGUAUCUUCUGAAUCUUUAUUUAGACAUUGAAUAAUUAAAUAGGGAACACAGGCAAGGAGGAGGGAAGUCAGCAAGGUUAAGGGGGGGGGGGGUUAAAUCAGUGACCGUCAGGAUUGUACAUGUGUGCUUUCUGCUUUCUACGAGUAUUACCAUUGGACCACACAGUCUAAUUCAAUUCCAGAAUUGUAUUGGCCACACCCCACAGGAAGAAGAAUUUGAAUUGAAUUAAGUGGAAUUGAAUUGAAUAAAAUUCUAUGAAAUUCAAAUGGAAAUGUAAUUUAAUUAAAUCCAGAAAUUCAGAAUCGGCCCAAACCCUGGUAUGUGUCAUUAAUAAUUGCAUUUCCAUCCAUUUGACUGCUGUACUUGCCGUGACCUCUAUCGUGACCUCUAUACCUAUACAUUUAAAAACGAUUUCUCCUGAAAUCCUCCAAAAUGUCUCCAUGUGGCUCACUUUCAGACAUCUAAACUGGCCAGACACACCUGCAUUACCUCAGUUCUCUCUCUGUAUAUUAGCAAGAAUUGACUGUAAAAUAUGAAUAACUAAAUAAUGUGAAUGUAUGAGGAAAAGUGCAUGUGAGGAAUUUGGGCUGGUUACCCAUGGGCGGCACACAUGAAAUGGAAUUAUGUACUGUACGUUAACCUUAUGCAUAACGCAAAAAUAAGAAAAUACGUAGAAAAUACAUGUAAAUAGAAAAUAUGCCUUUAUAAGAUUCCUUACUUGAACCAAUCUAGAACAAAACUCAUUGGUUCAGGUUUGUAUUGUGUUAAAAAAAGAGUAUUUAAUGUUUCAGUGGUAAGAAAACUUUUAUCUUUCAGAAUAUUGAUAUAGUAAGCUUGUUCUCAUAUUAUCAUAGUAUUUUUUUUAAACAAUCAAAUAUGAAGUCACCCUCAACACUUCAAGGAUUCAGUAAUAUCAUGAUUGAUUGGUUGGAUACUUCACCUGUGUGUACACCACAUUUGUGUAUUGUUUUGCUGGUAUAAAAAAUUAGGGCUUUAGAUACCACAUUGCCUCCUGAUAUUUGUCUAUUACCACUACUAUUUAUACCACUACUAUUACCACUAUUUUUUUUCCCUUUUACCUCUACCUGUCUUUAAAGUGUAGGUGCAAAAGUCAAGGGGCAGAUUGGGCUGUCACUGCCAAGGAACCAUUUAUUCUUCCCUGCACGUAUGCACAGACAUGAAAACACAAGUUAGAAAGCUAAGACAUAAGUUGUGAGCAUCCCCUCAUUCACAUUUAGAUAAUAAGAUAGAUGUUUUCCACACACACCUUUUUUUAAAAUCUUCGCUAUAUAGUGCUCAUUGCCUUACCCUGUAGUACGAUCCAGAGAAAAGGAGAACUGUGUUUGUGUGGCUAAAAUACAGUACAUGAAUGUGUCAGGCAUAUUCUGUCAUUGAAUCGCUCCUACCCACAGUCUCAUUAGUCUUACCUCACCAAACCACUUGACUUAACCUUUUUCUCUUAGGUGGGGGUUGAAUUCUUGAGAUCAAACUUCCCCAACCUUAGUGAAACUGCCAUUUCAUAGUGCACUUGUACUUUUCAUUCAGCCUCACUUUUCCAGAUUCCCUCAGUGACAUUUAUGUCUGGUGUCAAAGGUACUGUCAAAUAAUAUCCUAUGAGCAGAGGCACUGUUUCCAAAGUUACAUGGUAUAUUGUGUGCAAGCAUGAAUGCAAAAACAACCAGUUUAGCAUGUGAGACUGACAUUGAUUGCAGAUUAUAGGGUGAGUCAAACACUAAUACACAUUUUUAACUGUAAAUGUUUUUAUUUUAUUGGUGUUAAUGUAAGAUUUAUUUAAGGUGUACAUAUAUACAGACAAUUAACCAUAUAAUCUAGAUGUGUAAAACCACUAUGUAAAACUACUGUAAAACACAAAGUAUCUAAUACAAUGAAUAAAGGUAACAAGGAAAUUA